UGAUGGUGAUGUGCUUGUUCUUGCAGAUGUAGGUGCGGGCAUUCCUCCACUCGAGUUUGACGAGGACGUCCAACAACUGAUGGACGUUGACAAGGAGGAUGAGGAGGACGAAGAGGACGAUGAAGACACAGAAGAUGAAGACACAGAAGAUGAAGACACAGAAGAUGAAGACACAGAAGACAGUGACGACUCAGACGAGGAGAGUGAAGACUCUGGCUACAACUCCAUGUUUGAAGAGGAAGAGGAGAAUAUUGACAUCAGACCUCAUGCCCCCCUCGUGCAGGAGUUCCCACCAGAGCGCCAAGUGUCUCCCCCUGUCCCUGCUGGCCCUCCUGUCCCCACUUGUCCUUCUGCUGGUCCCCCUGUGCUUGCUGGUCCUUCUGCUGGUCCCCCUGUCCUUGCUGGUCCUUCUGCUGGUCCUUCUGCUGGUCCUUCUGCUGGUUCUCCAAGUCUACCCUUCAUCCCUCAGAGUACAGAAGAGUGUGCACCCUCAAACUCAGGCCUCAACUUCUUCCUGAAGAGGAGCAGGGAGGAGAGCAGCCCGGAGCAGGUAAGUACGAAGAGGCCGAGGACGUGCGGUGAAGAAACCCCUGAAGAUUCAGCUCCUUCCACGUCAGGCCUCAGCUUCAGCACCAACCGAAGAUUCUGGCACGGUCCUUUCCAGUUCACAGGAUGGACCGAGGACAGUGACUCUGACUGAAACACAGAGCCUGCUCUUUGCAGGAACAUGCACUCACACACUAGAAAUAAUAAACUAUUGUUGAUUUCUUGAUGAAUAGAUGUCUGCACACGAGGUAAGUAGAGAUGAAUGUCUCUGUCUAAAAAGUUCUGCACAUUUGUAUUCUCUCAGUAAUUCAGAGAUUAUUUUUCUAACUAACUCUAUCAGUGUUUUUUCAUGAUAAAGUGAAGCAGACAAAGGUAAAUUAAGACUCAGUCACAACAUUAAAAAGUCUCCUGUAAGUUUUUAUCCCACUCACUGAUCAUUUAAAGGACUGAGUGAUAAGGAUUUAAACGGCUGUAUGGCUGAAUCCAUAUGGUCAAGACCAGAAGUGACGAUGAGGAGGA